AAGUCGUGCCCGGCAUCCCGGAAGCCAUCACGCCGUCCGCCAUUUUUCUCUCAAUCGCACACACAAAACACUGAAAUCAGAUUUUUCUUUUUUCUUCAAGACUUCUCUCCGCAGAGAGACGGCCGGACGCGAACAGCAGUCAUGUCAUUCUUCAUCGAAAGCGAGGCCGAGGAGUCUGAGGAGGAGUUUGAAGAGAAAGACCUGAAGCCCAAGAAGGUUCAGCAGUUCAUGGAGGAUGACGAUGAAGAGGAAGAGGAGAACACGGAAGACCAGGACGAGCGUGGCAACCUGCGUGGGCUUAUUGAUGACGGUGAGGUGGAGGAAGAAGAGAACGAAGGUCAAAAGAGUGCGAGCGCAGAUGGGAGCGACUCGGAGGAGGAAGUCAGGCAUCGGCGCAAAAAGCGAAAUUACAAUGAUCUAGAUGAAGAUGACCUUGACCUCAUUGAGGAAAACUUGGGAGUCAAAGUCAAGAGGAAGAAGAAGAAAUACGACCGUGUGAAAACGCUGGACGAUGACGACGACGAUGAGAAGGACCUGAUCUUUGAUGAAAUCUUCCACGGCGACGCGGAGGGCGAGCUGGAGGAUGGCGAGGCCGUCCACGAGUCGCUCCAGCAGGCUGACGACGAAGAGGAAGGAGAGGAAGAGGAAUCUGAUAUUGACGACUUUAUCGUGGAUGAUGAUGGACAACCCAUCACAAAGAAGAGGGGCAAGAAAUUCUCCGGAUACACAGACGCAGCCCUUCAGGAGGCGCAGGAGAUCUUCGGCGGGGACUUUGACUUUGCUGAAUUCGACGUCGAUGCCUACGACCAGGGCGAGGAGGAAGAGGAGGACCAGGAUGAAGAAAGCUGGGACAGACCCAAGAAGCAGAUCAAGAGGCGGCAGGGCCGUAAGAGCAUCUUUGAGCUCUACGAGCCGAGCGAGCUGGAGAGCAGUCACAUGACCGACCAGGACAACGAGAUCCGCUCCACCGACAUGCCUGAAAGGUUCCAGCUGCGAUCGAUCCCAGUCAAAGCAGCUGAGGACGAGGAGCUGGAGGAGGAAGCGGAAUGGAUCUUCAGACAUGGUUUUUCCACACUUACCAUCUCCAUUCAGGAGAGCACGGACUAUUUGGAACGUGGCACAUCAACAAACUUCAGCCGGAGAGGCCCCAGCACCAUCGCCAAAAUCAAAGAGGCGCUCAACUUCAUGAGGAAUCAGCAGUUUGAGGUUCCCUUCAUUGCGUUCUACAGAAAAGAAUACGUCGAACCAGAACUGAACAUCAAUGACCUGUGGAAGGUGUGGCAGUGGGAUGAAAAGUGGACUCAGCUGAAGACGCGCAAGCAGAACCUGACCCGACUCUUUCAAAAGAUGCAGUCCUACCAGUUUGAACAGAUCUCCGCAGACCCUGACAAACCUCUGGCUGACGGGAUCCGCCCGCUGGACACUGCUGAUAUGGAGAGGCUAAAAGAUGUCCAGACUCUGGAAGAACUGAGUGACGUUUACAACCACUUUCUGCUGUACUACGGGCGAGACAUUCCCAAGAUGCAGAAUGCCGCCAAGGCCACCAAGAAGAGACUCCGCAAGAUCAAGGAAGUGACGGAAGAUGGUGAAGAGGAGGAGGUGGAGGUAGAAGAAGAGGAGGAGCAGAAGGGUCCAGACCUCAAGCUGGCGUCCCGCAGGGACAUGUACAGCAUCUGUCAGAGCGUGGGACUCGACGGGCUGGCCAAGAAGUUCGGCUUGACGCCCGAGCAGUUCGGUGAGAACCUGCGAGACAGCUACCAGCGCCACGAGACGGAGCAGUUCCCCGCUGAGCCCGUUGAGCUGGCCAAGGACUACGUGUGCAGUCAGUUCCCAAGCCCAGAGGCUGUCCUGGAGGGCACACGCUACAUGGUGGCCAUGCAAAUAGCCCGUGAGCCUCUGGUUAGGCACGUGCUGCGCCAGACCUUCCAGGAGAGGGCCAAGAUCAACAUCAAGCCUACAAAGAAGGGCAAAAAGGAAGUGGAUGAGGCACACUUUGCCUACUCCUUCAAGUACCUGAAGAAUAAGGCAGUGAAGGAGCUCAACGGAGAUCAGUUCCUCAAGAUGUGUUUGGCAGAGGAUGAGGGGCUGCUGUCUGUCGACAUCUGCAUCGACCUCCUUGGAGUCAAGGGGUAUGCCGGCGACCAGACCUACUUUGACGAGAUCAAGCAGUUUUACUACCGAGACGAGUUCAGCCAUCAGGUGCAAGAGUGGAACAGGCAGCGCACGUCGGCCAUCGAGAGAGCCCUCAACCAGUUCCUCUACCCUCAGAUGGCCAAAGAGCUUAAGAGCAAGCUAAUUGCUGAAGCCAAAGAGAGUAUCGUGCGGUCGUGCUGCCGCCGACUGUACAACUGGUUGAAGGUGUCGCCUUACAGGCCCGACCAACAGGUUGAGGAAGAUGACGAUCUGAUGGACGAGAGUCAGGGCAAAGGCAUCAGGGUGCUUGGAGUUGCCUACGCACCCAGCAGAGACACGCCGGUCUUCUGCGCCCUGAUCAAUGGCGAAGGCGAGGUGGCAGACUUUCUGCGCUUACCGUACUUUAUGAAGAGGAGGAACGCCUUCAGGGAAGAAGAACGGGAGAGGAAGGCCAACGACCUUGAGAAUCUCAAGAAGUUUUUGUCCACCAAGAAGCCUCACGUCGUCGCAGUUGCCGGGGAGAACCGAGACGCUCAAAUGAUCAUGGAGGACAUCAAGAGGACUAUCGGAGAGCUGGAGCAAGAGUCGUCACUGCCCGCCGUUGGCGUGGAGCUGGUCGACAACGAGCUGGCCACGCUUUACAUGAACGGCAAGAAGUCCGAGGCCGACUUUCGGGAUUACCCGCCCUUACUGCGUCAGGCUGUGUCAGUAGCCAGGAAGAUCCAAGAUCCCCUGGUGGAGUACGCUCAGGUCUGCAGCUCUGACGAAGACAUCCUCUGCCUCAAGCUCCACCCCCUGCAGGAGCAUGUGGUGAAGGAGGAUCUCCUCUCGGCUCUGUAUUGCGAGUUCAUCAAUCGGGUCAAUGAGGUCGGCGUGGACGUGAACCGUGCCAUCGCUCACCCUCACACCCAAAGUCUGGUCCAGUACGUGUGCGGUCUCGGCCCGAGGAAGGGCUCGCACCUGCUCAAGAUUCUCAAGCAAAACAACACGCGUCUGGAGAACAGAACCCAACUGGUCACUAUGUGUCACAUGGGUCCGAAGGUCUUUAUCAACUGUGCCGGUUUCAUCAAGAUUGACACGGCGUCGCUCGGGGAUAGUACCGACUCCUACAUCGAGGUUCUGGACGGCUCACGUGUCCACCCGGAGACCUACGAGUGGGCUCGCAAGAUGGCUGUGGACGCGCUGGAGUACGACGAGUCUGCUGACGACGCUAACCCAUCUGGCGCUCUCGAAGAGAUCUUAGAGAACCCGGAACGGCUCAAAGACCUGGACCUUGAUGCCUUUGCCGAGGAGCUGGAGAGACAGGGUUACGGAAACAAGGGCAUCACUUUGUACGACAUCAGAGCCGAGCUAAGUUGCAGGUACAAAGACCUGCGAGUCCCUUACAGAGUCCCCAACACCGAGGAAGUCUUCAACUUGCUCACCAAGGAGACUCCCGAGACGUUCUACAUCGGUAAGUUGAUCACCAGCGUGGUGACCGGUAUCGCUCAUCGGCGCCCCCAAGGGGAGAGCUACGACCAGGCCAUCCGGAACGACACCACGGGCCUAUGGCAAUGUCCUUUCUGCCAGCAGGACAAUUUUCCAGAACUCAGCGAGGUGUGGAACCACUUUGACAGCGGCUCGUGUCCCGGACAGGCCAUCGGGGUGCGCAGUAGGUUGGACAAUGGCGUGCAGGGGUUCAUUCCCACCAAGUUCCUGAGCGACAAAGUAGUGAAACACCCUGAGGAGAGAGUGAAGGUGGGCAUGACGGUCCACUGUCGCAUCAUGAAGAUAGAUAUCGAGAAGUUCAGCGUGGACCUCACGUGUCGCACUUCCGACCUUUCGGACAAGAACAACGAGUGGAAGCUGCCCAAGGAUACCUACUACGAUUUUGACGCGGAAUCAGAAGACCUCAAGUUGGAGGAGGAGCUGAAAAAGAAACAGCAGCGCACGCCGUACAUUAAGCGCGUCAUCGCCCACCCUAACUUCCACAACAUCAGCUUCAACCAGGCCGAGAAGAUGAUGGAGACGUUGGAUCAGGGAGACCUGAUCAUUAGACCCAGCAGCAAAGGAGAGAAUCAUCUCACCGUCACGUGGAAGGUGGCUGAUGGCAUCUACCAACAUGUGGACGUGAGGGAGGAAGGCAAAGAAAAUGCUUUCAGUUUAGGACACACACUGUGGAUCAACAAUGAGGAGUUUGAAGACCUGGAUGAAAUCACAGCACGCUUCAUUCAACCCAUGGCGUCAUUUGCUCGUGACCUGCUGAGCCACAAAUACUUUCAAGAGUGUAACGGAGGAACCAAGGAGAAAAUGGAGGAGCUGCUGGUCAGGACCAAGAGGGAAAAGCCCACCUUCAUUCCGUAUUUUGUGUCUGCGUGUAAAGCUCUGCCUGGAAAGUUCCUGCUGGGAUACCAACCUCGAGGAAAACCACGGGUAGAGUAUGUGACCAUCACCCCGGAUGGCUUCAGGUACCGCUCACAGAUCUUUCCCUCUGUCAACGGCCUGUUCCGCUGGUUCAAGGACCACUAUCAGGAGCCGGUACCAGGCAUCACACCGACCAACAGCAGCACCAGUCGAACACGGACGCCGGCUUCGCUCAACGCCACGCCCGCUAACAUCAACAUCGCCGACCUGACGCGGGCUGUCAACUCGCUCCCACGAAACAUGACCUCGCAGAUGUUCAACGCCAUCGCCGCCGUCACUGGUCAAGGCCAGAACCAAAACCCCAACACCACACCGGCGCAGUGGGGAUCCAGCCAAUACGGAUAUGGAGGAAGCACCGGCGGAGGCGGCAGUUCCUCGGCCUAUCAUGUCUUCGCCACGCCCCAGCAGCCCAUGGCCACACCCAUGAUGACGCCCAGCUACUCGUACGCCACACCCAGCCAGCCAGCUCUGGGCACGCCGCAAUACCCGGGCUCCACCCCUCAAUCUGCACACCCGCACGUGCCGCACCACAACCACCACGGUCACCACACAGCGGGUACGCCCUCCCCAUCUGUAUCAUCUUCACGAGGGCGAACGCCGCAGCAUCAGCAGCCAAAGCCGAGCAGCAGCGUGGGCGGCGGCGGCUCGACGGCAGCGGCUGUGGACUGGGGCAAGAUGGCCGAACAAUGGCUGAAAGAGAAAGAGGCUGAGGGGCGUAAGAAAUCUCAGAGGAUGACCCCGCGACCCUCGCCCAGCCCCAUGAUAGAGAGCACGCCCAUGUCAAUCGCCGGUGACGCCACGCCCCUGUUGGAUGAGAUGGACCGAUAGUAGGACGUCCCCCUGACCCCACCCUUCCCGUCUCCAUCUUUUUCAGUGACAACAUACCGUUCAGUGUUGUAGAAAACUGGCGAACCGUGGUUAACGUUGCUUCGCUUUUAGUUUGGUCUUGGGGGGGCCGGGGCGGUCACAUGGGGGGAUUACCCGGACUAAAAAAGAUAGACGGCUGUUGCCAACAAGGACGGAAUCUUUGUAAGGAACUAAUAAAAAAAAGUUUGACUUUU